GUUUCGGGUGGGGGGCGGGUCCCUGCGGGCCUGGGGUGGCGGACGCGGCACGCCCGCGGGUGGCCCGGCCUCCGGGGCCGUGCGCGCUUCCCGCGCGGAGGGAGGUGGCGCCCCACUGGAAAGCGGCGAUCGGCUCUGCGCGGCUUCUCCACGGAGCUCCCGCGGCUGACGGGGGGCGUCAGACCCCUCGGCCCCCGCCCCGGCGGCGCACAGACCUUGCGGGUCCCGGACGGCGCGGCGUGGACCGCAGAGGGCGGAGCGCCAAGCCCAGCUCCACCCCCGCUCACCGGGCGUCCCGGCUCUGGGAUGAGUGAGGCUGGACUCUAGCCGGAACCCAGUUCCCGCCAACUGCCCGACACGCGUUCUCCGCCGAGAAAAAUGCCCAGUGGUUACGUACCGGACAGUGCUUUGAAGAAUGCAAAAUGUCUCCGAGAUGCGCCACAGCACCGGGCCUGAACUGAUGAAAAUCGCCUGUGGGCAAAACCACUCGUGAAAAUCCUGUGAAAUUCCACAGAAAUGAAUAGUAUAUGUAGUUGAGCAAGCAUUGGUGUUAGAAGAACAUGCAAUAGAGGUUUUCAUCCAACACGUGGGACAUAGUGCAGAAUUCUGCUGACAUGGACAACCCUGCGCAGAAAGACAGGCGUCGCAUCCGAUUUACCGACAAACUACAGAAAGGUUUCACUGCGGCGUAUCCAACGCAAUCCUCCAUUCCUUUUAAGUCGCAAUAUUCAAUAAUUCCAGAAUCGGAAAAGAAAGGAUUUAAUAGUCAAGCCAGGAGAUUUUAUCACAAAAAGGAUGAUGUCCCAGGUCCUGGGUUCUACAACGUCACUCACCGGUCUCCAGUAUCCAACAGUGUCUCACUGUCCAAGAAAGGAACGGGCACUUUCCCCUCCAUGAGUGCCCGCUUGGACCCCAUCAUUUCUAAAUUCCCUGCAGCCAACGCGUACACCAUCCCGUCGGAGUUCAUCUCCAAGAGAGACUUCAGUAAUUCCUGUUCCAGCAUGUUCCAGUUGCCCAGCUUCAUGAAAGUUCUCAAAUUUGAAACUCCUGCACCAAACCAUUACCAUGCCUCUCUGUCCUGCUGCAAGCAGAAAAACAAUGUCUCUGCCCGAGCCGGGUUCAUCUCAAAAACCAAGAGAGGCGUUUUCACUGUUCCUGAGACGGGACCUCCGCCAGGGCAUUAUAAUGUCAACGAAUCCCUUGUGAAGCAGUCGCCAAAGAUACUGAUGUCUUGUUUUAAGUCGAAAACUGACCGUGGACUGAAACUGGCAUCGACAGGCCCAGGCCCCGGUUAUUACAACCCCAACGCUCACACCAAAGUUCCAAAGAAGAGUCUUUUCCCGAGAAACCCCAUCCUGAACUUCUCUGCUCCGCCUCAACCGCUGCCCCCGAAGCCGCCUCUGCCGGGCCCUGGUCAGUACGAGAUCGUGGACUACGCCGGGCCCCCCAAGUAUUUCAUCUCCAGCGCGUCCUUCGUGUCCAACACCAGCCGGUGGACAAUGGCGCCGGCCCAGGCGGGCCUGCCCGGCCCAGGUCAGAGGCUCAUUCUCAUUGCCUGUAAACACCAAAUCCUGCGGACUUGUUUGUCAUUCCUGGGCCACCAAAUACCACUGCUUUAUAGGCUGUUUGCCAAAGAGGUUGCAGGGGUGAGAGGAGAGGUAGAGCAGUUGUCAGCUGACGCUUGCAGAGGAGGAAGACAUUUUGUUUUCUAAGGUGAAAGGGCUCUUAGCGAUGGUCCAGACGGGGGACUUGGAACCAAGGGCCACGAAAGUCCCAGGGGCCAGAGACGGCCCGAGGUGGACCCACACCUCUGAAAUUGCCCUCAGGUGUGGAGCGGCAGACGUUACUUUCUGGGGACAGAGGUCAGAUUGUCAGAAACGUUCUUAUCCUUCAAAAUACGUAAACCACUAGUAGCCUAGUAGAUUAGCAGUCUAGUCGGGCCAAGCUGCCUCCCAGCCAGGGAAGGCACAGACCUGCAGUGCGUUCGCGGCAGGGUGCUGCGCCCAGGGCUGUGUCCCCUGGGUGCCUUGCUUGUUGUGAAAUAAACCAGGGGCCGCCUAGCGAGGCAGCUCCUUUAGGCCAUCUGGGCUCCUUCCUCUGCCUUUUACAGAUGAGCCUAGGUGGCACCUGUUACAUUCAGGUGCUCCUUGUCGCUCCCAACAGGGCCCCUCAGCUGUUACGACUCCCCGGCCAUGGCCAGAGCUGGUGGCCUUGGGCACGGAGGGCGUGUGUGCUGCGUCUGGCUCAGGCUGGGGCCUGGGGCUCCCACUUCACCAGCCCCAGCCUGGCAGGGAAGAAGGUGAGGUGGGAGAGUGGUGACGCUCACGGCUUUGGGUUUGCAGAUAUAGGGGUGAGCAGACCUGCAAGACUGCUGAGGUGUGCCCUGCCCAGGGGAAUUCCACGUGGCCUUGCAAACAUCAGAUGCUCCCUGCCAGUGGCGAGCUCCAGGAGGCCUGGGGACAAGCAGGGAUCUGGGUCUGACCUUGGUUGGCUCUGUUCUCCAGGAGCUUUGUCUGAGCAAGAGGCACCUGACACAGGAUAGGCCAAUUCCUGCUGCGACGGGGGCUUCCCGAGGGACCCCCAAAACACGCAUGUGCAGCAUCUGCCUGCAUCACCGCCGGCGGCUGCAGAGGCUCCUGGACUGCUCGGGCUCCCGGGCAGCUUCCCAAGGGCACUGACAGAGAGGCUGGACCCUCGCUAACCAAGCCAGUGUCAGGCAGAGAGAGAGAAAGAGAGAGAGAGAGGGAGUUUCUGGUGACCUUGGGCCGUGGUUCCAAGCUCUGGCUGCUCAUCUCCUGGAGGAACAUGUUUGCAGCUGUCACGGCUUUCCAGUUUUCUGGAAAUUUCCAAGCCAAGUCCAAAGCCAACACCUUGCUUCUUUAAGGAGAUUCUUAGUGUUUUUUCUCGUGUCACAGAAAGUGAUUUUCCACUUGUUGCUGUUAAAGGUCAGGAAGGGGCCCCCCUGCCAGUCAGCAGGCUGCCACCUUGGGCUGGAGCCCCCUCCCUCUGUCUGCGUGGGAGACACAGAGGUCGACGCCCAGGAGACCAGCCUUGUCCCUCUGACCCCGCCUCUCUCUCUC